ACUCACAGCCAAUCACAGCGCAGGAGGAGGGUUACGUAACACAGACGAGGCGUGAGUUCGUGUUGUUGCCGGAGCGCCAUGUUCGCGUAAACAAAAGAAAUCAUUUCCACACACCUGUACAGCUGUGCGCUUUCACACACCAACUGAGCACCACAGGACACAAAAACAAAACAAAACAAAAUGUUUCGAAUUAAUGCAAGACGCUGAGUAAAAGACAAAGCUCUUCACAAUGCCUUUUCCAAUUACGAAUCAGGCGCAACCAGCCCAGGACACCCCAAAGCAUUAUGGGAUCACGUCGCCCAUCAGCCUGGCUCAGCCGAAAGAGUCGGACCUGGUGCAGACGCAGAAACUGGUGGAGGCGCUGAAGCCUUUCGGUGUGUUUGAGGAGGAGCUGGAGCUGCAACGGAGAAUCCUGGUUUUGGGAAAACUUAACACGCUUGUCAAGGAGUGGAUCCAGGACAUCAGCAGGUCCAAGAAUAUACCUCCAUCAUUGAUAGAAAAUAUUGGCGGAAAAAUAUUUACGUUCGGCUCCUAUAGGUUAGGAGUCCACACAAAAGGUGCUGAUAUAGACGCCCUCUGUGUCGCUCCUCGCCAUGUGGAUAGGUCCGACUUCUUCACCUCUUUUUACGAGAAGUUAAAAGAGCAAGAGGAGGUCAAAGAUUUAAGGGCUGUCGAAGAGGCGUUCGUCCCUGUGAUUAAACUGUGCUUUGAUGGCAUUGAGAUUGAUAUCCUGUUUGCUCGGUUAGCGCUGCAGACCAUUCCAGAGAACCUGGACCUGCGUGACGAUAGUUUACUGAAGAAUCUGGAUAUCCGCUGUAUAAGGAGUCUGAACGGUUGCAGGGUGACGGAUGAGAUUCUCCACCUGGUGCCAAACAUUGAGAAUUUCAGACUCACUCUUAGGGCCAUCAAACUGUGGGCUAAACGUCACAACAUAUAUUCGAACAUCUUGGGUUUCUUGGGCGGUGUGUCAUGGGCGAUGCUGGUGGCGAGAACAUGUCAGCUCUACCCCAACGCUGUGGCUUCAACCCUCGUGUAUAAGUUCUUCCUAGUGUUUUCUAAAUGGGAGUGGCCUAAUCCAGUCCUUUUGAAGCAGCCGGUAGAGUGCAACCUCAACCUGCCAGUGUGGGACCCAAGGGUGACGCCGAGUGACCGGUACCACCUUAUGCCCAUCAUCACACCAGCUUAUCCUCAGCAAAACUCCACCUACAACGUGUCCGCGUCCACCCGCAACGUCAUGGUCGAAGAGUUCAAACAGGGUCUGGCCAUUAUGGAUGAAAUAUUGCAGAACAAAGCAGACUGGUCCAAACUAUUUGAAGCUCCAAACUUCUUUCAGAAAUACAAGCAUUAUAUUGUGUUGCUAGCAAGUGCGCCCACUGAGAAGCAGCACCUCGAGUGGGUCGGCCUUGUUGAGUCCAAGAUCCGAAUCCUGGUGGGAAGCCUGGAGAAAAAUGAGUUCAUCACUCUCGCACAUGUGAAUCCACAGUCGUUCCCAGGACCCAAGGAAAGCAAUAAAACGCCAGAGUUUAGCACAAUGUGGGUCAUUGGUAUUGAGUUCAGAAAAAUGGAGGGGUCUGAACUUCUUAAUGUCGACUUGACAUACGACAUCCAGUCAUUCACAGACACGGUGUACCGUCAAGCCAUCAGCAGCAAGAUGUUUGAGUCUGACAUGAAAAUAACGGCGAUGCAUGUGAAGCGGAAGCAGCUUCACCAGCUCCUGCCGGAUCUUGUUAUCCCAAAAAGGAGAAAGCAUUCGACUGAAGGCCUGCGUACCGUGAAUGAGGGCAGUGUUGACUUGUUGCUGGACAGUGAUAACAGCAUGUCCAUGCCCUCACCCACCGGCACCUCCAGUGCUGCCAGGACACCCUUCUCUGCCAGUCCUCACCGCUCCACAGGGACCACUGCCAGCUCAGAUUCUCAGGGGAAGACAGACACCUCAGGAAGCACGCAUCCUACUGCAGCGUGUCUAUCAGAGCCGAAGACCUCCGGUAGGAGCAGUCCUCCUUGUGCACAGAGGAGACCGGGCUCACCCCUCCAUGAUGAGAACCCCAAGAAGCUCAGAUUGCAGGAGCAUUCGACUGUGAAUGAGGGCAGCAUGGACCUGUCCGUGGACAGGGAUAACAGCACGUCCAUGCCCUUACCCACCGGCACCUCCAGGACCGCCUUCUCUGCCAGUCCUCACCGCUCCACAGGGACCACUGCCAGCUCAGAUUCUCAAGGAAAGAUGGACACGUCAGUAGACACGCAUACUGCUGCAGCGUGUCCAUCAGAGACAGAAACCCCCAGUCCUGCUUGUGCAGGGAAGAGACCGGGCUCACCGCUCCAUGAUGAGCAAGCCAAGAAGCUCAGAUUAGAGGAGGAUUCUACCUCAGAAUCGGUGGACCAGGCUGCUGAAUUUUCUCAGGCUAGCGAUUUCACUGCUUUAGACAGAGAGGUGAAAAUGGAGACACAGGCAGGGGAGUCGGAUGCAGAAGGGAAGAUACCACCAUCUCGGAAAAUGUCCAGUACUGAUCUUUCUGAUGUUCCUCAUCCUCCGGCUAACCCCAUCCAAGUGGUGAAAAACUCCAUAAAGCUCAGACUGAGUAGGUAGAAUCAGUUAGGCCUCUCCUUCAACCUGCCUUCACAAUAGCAAGCAACAAACUGACAGUCGAUUAUAUAUUAGCCCUGAAAGUGCAUGACACAGAGUCGCCGUUCCAGCGACAGGGUGUAAAUCAUUGUUUUAAUUAAGAUUUUCUUAAUUGUAUGCAGUUUAGUUAUGAUGGUAUAAUGUGACAAAUUCAAAUGAUUCCUUGGAUGGAUCACACGGUGUGGACAGUACGAAGUCCCCCCUGCUCUCACAACUUGAUGGAAAAAAAAAACUGAAGGUCUCGUACUUACCUCAGUAUUAAAAUGCAGAAAUAGCAAAGUGAUGUGUAUAAAUUACACAGUAAACUGUUUAUAUCUUGGCAAGAAACAGUUGAUAUAAUAACUGUAGUGGUUGCAACUCGCCCACUAGAGAAAGCUGAAGUGGCAUGAGAGACUUGUCACUUGCUAGUGUGAACACAGCAUCAGAGAGGCCAGACCAAAGCCUGUGGCAUGCUAGUGUGGAGACAGCAUUGGAGAGGCUAGACCAGGGCCCCAUAGCUGCACUGUGUCACGUACAGAGCACCCUUUCAACCACUCUCGAAGACUCCCAAUGCAGUGUUUGACUUGAUCCACCAGAGGGCGACUCUGCACUUCUGUAAACUCCCUGAUGACUCUGCCACCACUCCUUGUCUCCACGGAGAAAAUAACUGAAUACAUUUUUUCAUGUGCUCACAGCCUCGUUGUAACGACUAGACAUGUGUUUGUGUGAGCUCGUGCGCAUAAAACUUUAUUCUCAUCUUCCUGUAUGUCGUCCGACACAGAUGACAUUUCUUUAAAAUGAGUGUGCUUUUCCUUUGUGCUUUUCAUUUUAAAGAAUGUGGCAUAUUUUAUAGAGUGACUGGGUACCAAGCCGCUGUAUAUGAAGAUUAUUAAGAGAUCAGGAUCAAUUAAACUGCAUUAAGUUCGACAGAACUAAUAAACAUUUUAUAUGUAAAAAAAAAAAAAUAGAUAUUUGAAAAAUAUUUGACCAAAAUAAUCUCUAAGAUGAGAUUGUACCAGUUUAAACAUCUCUCAUUUUGAAAGCAUCAAGUGGUCACUAUAACAUCAGGUCUAACUUGUAGAUUUUUUUUUCUGUUUGUGGUCUUCUUUACCUUGUGUAAAUCCAUUACAAUGAAAAUGUGAGGGGAAAAAAUGCAUUUUUUUUUUUUUGCUUUGGGCCUUUUCUUUUUAUGUCAGGAUUUUUAUUACUAAUCUGAAAUCAGUGAUGCAUAUUUAAAUGCAUUUUGAUCUAGCAUUAUUAGUACAUAAGCCCAAACAUUUUCUGUCAUAAGCUCUUGGCCGUGAUGAGAUGGAAAUCAGAGCAGUAGCAUAUGAAGCUUGGAAUUAAUGAUAGUUUUUGAAGCAGAAGGAUUUAGUUGAUUUAUGAGAUGUGCACAGGCUUUUUCUUAUUCAAUCUUUCGCUGAUACGUUAAGAGAUUUGUUUGUCUUAAUUAUCUUUGUAAAUUGUGUGGAGACACAACAGGACAGCUGCUCCAGGAAUGCUGUUUAUUCCACUAUGUGCAAAAGCAAAACUCUUUGGUUUCAUCAUAUCCUCAGUUCUUACUUCUCUUCUCACAGACUUAUUUGUAAAAACAAGCUGUUAUAAUUUUUUUUCACCAAUAAAGUUCUACAAAAUUACAAAGAAA